CUCCUCACAUCUCUUGUCUCCUGCUUCCAUCCUCCCCUCUCUAGCCAGCUGCCUUUCUCAUGCGUCUUGAGUCAGAGCUCAGUCGUUGGCCGACGCCUUCCUCGAUGGGACCACCUAUGUCCACCUAUCAUUAUACUGACCUCAUCAUCGUUGGGACAGUGUGGCGUCAAUGUUCUCAAGAGGGUGGAACCGCAUAAAAUUCCUCAAGACCUUGGCGCCUUUGUUUGAUCUUCUUUUCAUCCUCAUGUGGCCCGUCAUCAUGUCUCUUUUAAUUCAUUCUUCCCCCUGGCGGAAUCGGCAUUGGUGGCGUUGGUCAUGAACAUCCUUCGGUAUUGGAUGGAGCCACUAGAGCUGUUAAGGCACCUGUCCCUUGAACACAGCCGUCGGGGCCCCAUGGAUAGGACCAUAGCAAGCUGGCACCUGAAGAUCAAGUUGAAGAAGAAGAGCUGUUGGGGCAUAUGUGUGAAUGCGGGCAAGCCCCCGACGUCGAUUCAAGUUCCACCAUCGACCCUCAAGAUCCUGAGGGAGGUCGGAGACACCGUCGCGCACGGUUGUAUCUGUUCCUGGCAUGACCUUUUCGCGGUCCUCGGGAUAAGUACCCGCUCGAUGAGGGAGCUGGCUGAGGUAGCGAGAGCUGACUGAGGUCGCUACCUCAGCCAACUCGGUUAUCGAGCGGGGAAACUAGCAAUGCCUUAAACUUGAUUUGCAGGUGACGUAUUCACAAAUAUCCCUUCAUAUUCAUUUCCGCUACUUUUUUAUUUACCUGUCCGCUACAUAAGCUUUCCUCUGAAGUCGGAGAGCUGCCGCCAAUAGACGACUUUAUGCUCA